CUUCGUCUUCAAAUACCAACAUUAUUUUACGGUUUAACCCCAAACCCAAACCAAGAAUCUGCAUCAUCCUCGCCGGGAUCAAAUUCAAAGCAUGUCGAUCUUCGAGUACAACGGAAGCGCCGUCGUGGCCAUGGUCGGCAAGAACUGCUUCGCCAUUGCCAGCGACCGAAGGCUCGGCGUUCAGCUCCAAACCAUAGCCACCGAUUUCCAACGCAUUUCCAAGAUUCACGAUAAGCUCUUCAUCGCUCUCUCUGGCCUCGCCACCGAUGCUCAGACUCUGUAUCAGCGUCUCGUUUUCCGGCACAAACUGUAUCAGCUUCGUGAAGAGAGGGAUAUGAAACCGGAGACCUUUGCCAGCUUGGUCUCUGCCUUGCUCUAUGAGAAAAGGUUUGGUCCAUAUUUUUGCCAGCCUGUAAUUGCUGGAUUAGGGGACGAUGACAAACCAUUCAUUUGCACAAUGGAUUGUCUUGGAGCAAAGGAGCUUGCAAAAGAUUUUGUUGUUUCUGGCACUGCAUCCGAGUCCCUGUAUGGUGCUUGUGAGUCAAUGUUUAAGCCUGACAUGGAACCAGAGGAGUUGUUUGAGACCAUCUCCCAAGCACUGCUAUCGUCUGUAGAUCGUGAUUGUUUAAGUGGUUGGGGAGGACAUGUCUACGUUGUUACACCAACUGAAGUAAAGGAAAAGAUUUUAAAGGGAAGGAUGGAUUAACUUUGUAAGACAACUGGGUUUCUGUUUGGUUUGGAGCUGAAUAGCAUGGCAUUUACCAUUGUUGUAGAGUGGUACCUUGUUAUUGUGGCUUUUAGUUAAAAUGUACCCUGACUGUUUUUAUAGACGGUCUCAAUUGUUCUAUAUUUAGAUUACCAGGGAAAGGAGAUUCUUGAGUUUCUAUGCUUCAGGCAGACAGGGUUGAAUGAUACGAGAAUUGCCU